AUGGAAACCCAUAAAGCAAGUUGUACUGCUAGUUGCAGAGGAAGAAGAAGUAGCAGUGGUGGUGGUGUUUUCUUUCUUUAUGCAGGCGGCCUGCAGGGUAGCUGGCUCCUUUAUGCAAAUGGGCAGGCGACGGCGGCAGGGGAGAGUGAGGGCAGGCGGCGGCGGCAGGCGACGGCGAGUGAGGGCGGCUGCAGGGAGAGUCGGGGAGAGGGAGGUCUCGCCGUCUCGCGAGUCGCGAUGCAAAGCAGCAGGCAGCAGAGGAAUGGCGGACUCGGAUAG